AUCCUCUCCGCGUUAGAAGUUUUCCGCGUUAAGCCUGUCAAACCUUUCUUCAGAAAGCAAUCCUAAUUCAAAUCCAUUCCGGAAAACAAAUCCCUCCGAAAAUAUUUGGCCAAAAAGAAAACAGCCAUAGAUCCGGCUCCGCCACCGAGUCGACGUACUCAACUCGGUCUGAGUCUGGGUCUGCGGUUUUGCCCCAUAUCUUCCAUGUGUUUUAGAUUUUUUUCUCUCCUUCCUCUGGGAUAAAAGUUUAGGAGAUUCCAAGCUCGAAUUCUAAAAUUGGUACCAUGGUUGGGGUUUCGCAGAACUGGGAGAGGCUGGUCAGAGCCACCUUGAAGAGAGAGCAAUUGAGGACUGCGGGUCAAGGCCACGGACGCACCCCAAGCGGCAUUGCCGGUGCUGUGCCGCCCUCCCUCAGUCGCGCCACCAACAUCGAGGCCAUCCUUCAGGCUGCCGAUGAGAUUCAGGCAGAGGAUCCGCAUGUUGCGCGGAUACUUUGUGAGCAGGCCUACAGUAUGGCGCAAAAUUUGGACCCAAGUAGUGAUGGUAGGGGUGUGCUUCAGUUCAAGACUGGUUUGAUGUCUGUGAUUAAGCAAAAACUAGCAAAAAGGGAUGGUGCUCGAAUAGAUCGUGGUCGUGAUAUUGAACGUUUGUGGAAAUUCUACGAGCUUUAUAAGAGACGGCAUAAAGUAGAUGAUAUUGAAAGGGAGGAACAAAAAUGGCGAGAAUCUGGAACUUUUUCUGUAAACCUGGGAGAUGCUUUAGAAAUGAAAAAGGUACUUGCUACGUUGAGGGCACUAGUGGAGGUGAUGGAAGCACUUAGCAAAGAUGCAGAUCCAGGUGGCGUUGGGGGACUCAUUAUGGAGGAGUUGCAUGGAAUCAGAAAGGCUGAUGCAACCAUAUCUGGGGAACUGACACCAUACAAUAUUGUCCCCUUGGAAGCACCAUCAUUUACAAAUGUUAUUGGAGUUUUCCCUGAAGUUAGAGGUGCAAUGUCAGCAAUUAGAUAUGCUGAACACUUUCCUAGGCUUCCUGCUGAUUUUGAGGUUUCAGGACAACGGGAUGCAGACAUGUUUGAUCUUUUGGAAUAUGUUUUUGGUUUCCAGAAAGACAAUGUGAGAAACCAGCGUGAGAAUGUUGUUCUUGCUAUCGCAAAUGCACAGUCUCGACGUGAGAAGCCUGCUCAGGCUGAUCAAGUAGAGCCUGCUCAGGCUGAUCCAAAAAUAGAUGAGAAACCAAUUAAUGACGUAUUCUCAAAGGUGCUAGAUAACUAUAUUAAAUGGUGCAAGUACUUACGGAUACGGCUUGCAUAUAAUAGUUUGGAAGCAAUUAAUAGGGAAAGGAAGCUUUUUUUGAUUUCAUUGUACUUUCUUAUAUGGGGUGAAGCUGCGAAUGUCCGAUUUCUUCCAGAAUGCAUUUGCUAUCUAUUCCACCAUAUGGCAAAAGAGCUGGAUGCAACAUUGGAUCAUGGAGAAGCCGUCCCUGCUCCCAGCUGCAGAAAUGCUAGUGGUUCUCCAUCCUUCCUUGAGAAAAUCAUUCGUCCUAUAUAUGACACAAUGGCAGCGGAGGCUGAUAGAAACAGUAAUGGGAAAGCUGCACAUUCAGCCUGGCGGAAUUAUGAUGACUUCAAUGAAUACUUCUGGUCACCUGCAUGCUUUGAGUUGCGCUGGCCCAUGCGAAGUGAUUCUUCAUUUCUGUUGAAGCCUAAAAAGUCGAAGAGGACUGGUAAAAGCUCCUUUGUUGAGCACCGGACAUUUCUUCACUUGUAUCGAAGUUUUCAUCGUCUUUGGAUCUUUCUGAUUUUGAUGUUCCAGGCUUUGACAAUUAUAGCAUUCAGACAUAUGUAUAUUGAUUUGGUUACCUUUAAGAUGAUACUAAGUGUUGGCCCUACAUUUACCAUUAUGAACUUUAUAGAGAGUUGUUUAGAUGUCCUACUCAUGUUUGGGGCGUACACCACAGCAAGAGGCAUGGCUAUUUCAAGCCUGGUUAUAAAAUUUUUUUGGUGUGGCUUGAGUUCUGCAUUUGUAACUUAUGCUUACAUAAAAGUUAUGCAGGAAAAAAGUGGCAAGAACUCCGAUUCAUUAUAUUUUCGACUAUAUAUACUUGUAUUGGGUGUUUAUGUGGCUUUGCGCCUGGUUCUGGCAUUGCUGCUAAAAUUUCCUGCAUGCCAUGCUCUGUCUGAAAUGUCUGAUCAAACAUUUUUCCAGUUUUUUAAAUGGAUCUAUCAGGAGAGAUACUAUGUUGGUCGUGGCCUUUAUGAAAGGAUAAGUGAUUACUGCAGAUAUGUGCUAUUCUGGUUGGUGAUCUUUGUUUGCAAAUUCACAUUUGCCUACUUUCUCCAGAUUAAACCACUUGUUGUACCUACAAAAACUAUUGUUCACCUUCGAUUUUUGCACUACUCAUGGCAUGAUUUGGUUUCAAGGAAUAACAAUAAUGCCCUGACCAUAGCUUCCCUAUGGGCUCCUGUUUUGGCUAUCUAUCUCAUGGACAUAUACAUUUGGUACACUCUGCUUUCGGCAAUUGUUGGUGGUGUAAUGGGUGCAAGGGCUAGGCUAGGCGAGAUACGUUCACUUGAUAUGGUGCAUAAACGCUUUGAGAGCUUUCCAGAAGCCUUUACCAAGAAUCUUAUUUCACCACGGAUGAAAGGGGUGCCAUUUAACAGACAAGCACCAGAGGUUUCUCAGGAAAUGAACAAGCCACAUGCAGCCUUGUUUUCUCCAUUUUGGAAUGAAAUAAUAAAGAGCUUGCGUGAAGAAGAUUAUAUCAGUAACAGGGAGAUGGACUUGCUUUCAAUUCCGAGCAACACGGGAAGUCUUAGAUUGGUUCAAUGGCCUCUGUUUCUUUUAAGUAGUAAGAUCUUUUUGGCAAUUGAUCUGGCUUUGGACUGCAAAGAUACACAGGCUGAUCUUUGGAGUAGAAUAUGCAAGGAUGAAUACAUGGCUUACGCAGUUCAGGAGUGCUACUAUAGUAUUGAAAAAGUUUUACAUUCCUUGGUUGAUGGUGAAGGAAGGCUUUGGGUUGAAAGGAUAUACCGAGAGAUGAACAAUAGCAUGUCAGAGGGUUCCCUUGUCUUAAUGUUGUCUUUUAAGAAGCUUCCUUUGGUGGUGCAAAGAUUUACUGCUUUGACUGGGCUAUUGAUAAGAAAUGAAACUCCAGACCUUGUAAGAGGUGCUGCAAAAGCUGUAUAUGAUCUAUAUGAGGUUGUUACUCAUGACCUUCUUUCACCUGAUUUAAGGGAGCAGCUUGAUACAUGGAACAUUUUGGCUAGGGCAAGACAUGAAGGGCGCCUGUUUUCCAGGAUAGAGUGGCCUAGGGAUUCUGAUAUUAAGGAGCAGGUUAAGAGGUUGCACCUUCUUCUCACUGUGAAGGAUGCUACAGCUAAUAUUCCAAAGAAUCUUGAAGCAAGAAGAAGAUUAGAAUUUUUUACCAAUUCAUUGUUUAUGAACAUGCCUCCAGCCUUGCCUGUUUCUGAAAUGAUGUCAUUUAGUGUAUUCACCCCGUACUACAGCGAGACUGUGCUCUAUAGUUCCAAAGAAUUGCGGGAAGAAAAUGAGGAUGGGAUAUCUAUUCUUUUCUAUCUUCAGAAAAUUUUUCCAGAUGAAUGGGAGAAUUUUUUGGAACGGAUUGGUAGAGGUAAGUCUACCGGGGAUGCAGAUCUUCAAGAAAGUUUAAGUGACUCUUUGGAGCUUCGGUUUUGGGCUUCUUAUCGAGGGCAGACUCUUGCUAGGACAGUACGUGGUAUGAUGUAUUAUAGAAGAGCCUUAAUGUUGCAAAGUUAUUUGGAACAGCAAUCUUUGGGAGUUGAUUACUCUCAUACCAAACUCUUGACAACACAAGGUUUUGAAUCAUCUCCUGAAGCAAGAGCACAAGCAGAUUUGAAGUUUACUUAUGUUGUGUCAUGCCAAAUAUAUGGGCAACAAAAGCAGCAGAAAAAGGCAGAGGCUGCUGAUAUUGCUCUCUUGUUACAAAGGAAUGAGGCUCUCCGAGUUGCUUUCAUUCAUGUGGAGGAGAGUGGUGGAGCUGAUGGAAAAAAGGAAUUUUAUUCAAAGCUUGUCAAAGCUGAUAUUAAUGGAAAAGAUCAGGAAAUAUAUUCGAUUAAACUUCCUGGGGAUCCAAAGCUUGGAGAAGGGAAACCAGAGAACCAAAAUCAUGCAAUAAUUUUUACUCGAGGGGAGGCUAUUCAAACUAUUGACAUGAAUCAGGACAACUACCUUGAAGAGGCAAUGAAAAUUAGAAACCUUCUUGAGGAAUUUCGAGGAGACCAUGGUAUUCGACCCCCCACUAUUCUUGGUGUUAGAGAGCAUGUUUUCACUGGAAGUGUUUCAUCUUUAGCCUGGUUUAUGUCCAAUCAAGAGACCAGCUUUGUGACCUUGGGCCAGCGUGUCUUAGCAUGUCCUCUAAAAGUCCGCAUGCAUUAUGGGCAUCCUGAUGUGUUUGAUCGAAUCUUUCAUAUUAGUCGAGGUGGGAUUAGUAAAGCAUCACGUGUUAUUAAUAUUAGUGAAGACAUAUAUGCUGGGUUCAACUCUACUUUGAGGCAGGGUAAUGUCACUCAUCAUGAGUAUAUUCAGGUUGGAAAAGGAAGAGAUGUUGGAUUAAAUCAGAUUGCCCUGUUUGAAGGCAAAGUGGCUGGUGGAAAUGGAGAACAAGUUCUUAGCAGGGAUGUAUACCGACUUGGACAGCUUUUUGAUUUCUUUAGAAUGCUCUCUUUCUACUUCACAACUGUUGGUUUCUAUGUUUGCACAAUGAUGACUGUCCUUACAGUGUACAUCUUCUUGUAUGGACGAGCUUAUUUGGCUUUCUCUGGACUUGAUCGUGCAAUUGCUCUGCAAGCAAAAAAGUUGGGUAACACGGCACUGGAUGCAGUUUUGAAUGCACAAUUCUUGGUCCAGAUUGGAGUUUUUACUGCUGUUCCUAUGAUAAUGGGUUUUAUACUUGAAUUAGGAUUGCUGAAGGCUGUAUUUAGCUUUAUCACAAUGCAACUUCAGUUAUGUUCAGUCUUCUUCACAUUCUCUUUAGGAACAAGGACUCAUUAUUUUGGGCGUACUAUUCUCCACGGUGGUGCAAAAUAUAGAGCAACUGGUAGAGGCUUUGUAGUGCGUCAUAUCAAGUUUGCUGAAAAUUACAGGCUCUACUCAAGAAGUCAUUUUGUUAAAGCGCUUGAAGUGGCAUUGCUCUUGAUUGUAUACAUCACAUAUGGAUACACGGAGGGGGGUGCAGUUUCCUUUGUUUUGCUAACACUUAGUAGCUGGUUCCUUGUCGUUUCAUGGCUCUUUGCUCCAUAUAUAUUCAAUCCUUCUGGUUUUGAAUGGCAGAAGACUGUGGAGGAUUUCGAUGAUUGGACUAGUUGGCUUCUUUAUAAAGGUGGAGUUGGUGUGAAAGGAGAAAAUAGCUGGGAAUCUUGGUGGGAUGAGGAGCAGAUGCAUAUUCAAACACUGAGAGGCCGCUUGUUGGAAACAAUAUUAAGCUUGAGAUUCCUGAUAUUCCAGUAUGGAAUUGUAUACAAACUCCAUCUCACAGGAACGGAUACGUCACUAACGAUUUAUGGAUUCUCCUGGAUUGUACUAGUUGUCAUUGUCAUGAUUUUCAAGAUUUUUACUUAUAGCCCCAAAAAGAAGUCCAGCAACAUCCAACUGGUGAUGCGAUUCAUGCAGGGCUUAAUAUCCUUAGGACUUGUUGCAGCCCUCUGCCUCAUUGUGUUAUUACGUAAAUUAUCAAUAGCAGACGUCUUUGCAUGCAUCCUAGCUUUCAUUCCUACUGGGUGGCUCAUUUUAUGUCUGGCUGUCACAUGGAAAAAGGUUGUCAGGAGUCUAGGCCUGUGGGAUUCUGUUCGUGAAUUUGCCAGAAUGUAUGAUGCUGGAAUGGGAAUCAUCAUCUUUGCUCCUGUGGCAGUGUUGUCGUGGUUCCCGUUCAUUUCCACUUUCCAGUCCCGUCUUCUAUUUAACCAGGCAUUUAGCCGAGGGUUGGAGAUCUCUCUCAUCCUUGCUGGAAACAAGGCCAAUGUUGAGACAUGAGUAUUGCACAACGGUUGAUUUCAUCUGAUAUGAGAACUUCUGAUUGAAUAUGGUGCAUGUAUCUACAUGUACAAUACUCGUAAAAGUGUAGCCUUCCACAAGAACUUGUUGCCGGUGGUUUGUGGAAUUUAGGAUUUCUUUAGAAUGUAUUGGGGCAUUGUUUAUCUCCUUUAUUUGAAAAAACUGAUUGCGGAAAAGUCUUAUUAAUAUGAUGAUUGCUGAGAAUUUGCAGGUUACUUUCCUUUUUUUUUGAGUAACAAGGAAAAUCCCUCUUCAUUGCCUACUGGGAGCUUGAAGGAUUAAUUCUGGGUGUGAGCAGGGACUCUUGCUUAUUUCAAGAUAAUUAUGUUGAGUGCUUGACGUACCGCAAACCCCUCUUCUACUUAUUUGUCCUUGAGACUAUUAGUCCCUUAACAUACAUUUGCAUGCCAUGUUGAUUUUUGUUGAGAUAUCUACUUAUGAAAAGUGUCAUUAU